AUGACAAUCGCGUCCUUCACCAUUAGAUGUAAGCUGGUGGUGAAGGACAAUCCCAUAGAACAAGUUAUGCAAUUCAGAUAUAUGGGCAUAGACAUAUCAAGUACCCAUGACCCAGUUAAAGAUCUAAGAAGCCAUAUUAACAAAGCGUCCGCACUAUCAGGAUGCCUGCGAGAUAUAGUUUGGUCCAAAGAUAGCAAAAUUAGAAUAUACAAGACUUGUAUCAGACCCAUCAUGACGUACGGCACGGAAGUCCGCGAGGACACCAACAAGACAAAACAAAUGCUGAGGGUGGCCGAGAUGAAAACACUGAGAACAAUAGUGGGGAAAACAAGCAGAGACAGAGUGAGAAAUACAGAUGUCAAAAAGCAAUGCGGGAUACAAGACAUUGUGAGAUGGGGAAGACAACGUAAGAAGCAGUGGUACAACCAUGUAAGACGGAUGGACGAGAACAGAAAAAUAGUCCUAGAAAACAACCCGCCCGGCUCAAGGCCUCCCGGGAGACCACCUAGAAGGUGGAAAGAUAGUUGGCAAUCCACCUCUCAUGAAAAGAUACAGAGGCAGCUUCAGAAUUAA